UAUUCGUUGCUCCAACAUACACACACUCACACACACGAACGACUCGUUGCUUUGUGCAAAUUGAGAAGAAAAAUUUUACUUUUUUUGCUGUGAAAUUAUUUAAAUAAAAGAAAUUAAACAAAUAACAUAAAUAAAAAAUAUGUAAAUACACGAAAAUGCUAAAGAAAACCAGUCAAAGAAAUUACAAGCCAACGAGAUAAAUCAAUAUUAAAUGAAACAAAUAAAGAAAGUAAAAAAUUUACACAAGAUAUCACAGCGAAAGUAGUCGCAAAGCAAAGAAUAAAAGAUUUUUUUCACAUCAAGUCCCCUACAAGAAGAAAAAAUUGAUUCCAAAUUCUUUUUUUUUUAGAGAAAAAAUAAAAUUUGCAGCUAAAUUUGUUGUUGUUGUUGAUGAAAACGAAAGAAAAUUUUAAUGAAAAUUUAAAGCAAUAAAUGAAAUAACGAAAAAAAGAAACUAAUUUUAUUAGACAAAAUAAAAGUUUGUUUAUAAAAAUAAAUAUCAAUUGUAAAAGAAACAAGAGAAAUGAAGAAAAUUUGUAUAAAUAAUGUAAUUACAUUGUUAGUAGAGGAGCUAUAGAAAAAUAAAUACUCCUCCACCACCCUAUUAACUAAUGCCCUGUGUUUCUGCCUGUGCUGCUGCUGCCGCUGUAGUAUGUUGAAUAUAUCAUAAAAAAAACAAGUAAAAAUAAUAACAACAAGACUUCACACGGCUGAGCCAAAGUUUUGAACGAGUAUAGAAAAAAAAAACAACAGAAAUUUAAGAAAUUGUCUGCGAAACCCAGAGAUAAACAAAUUUAAAUGGAAUUUAUGAUUUAAAUAAAGUUCAUUAAAAAAAAAAAUCCUCCCCCAAUAUGAGCAGUGCUACGACAACUCCCACAAAAACAAUGAUGACACCUAUACAGCAGCAACAGCAUCCUAAUAUGCCGCCACAACAUUCGGCCUCCACCCAUUCAACACCCAUACGUAGUCCACAACCCAGUCAGCACUCAGCCUCGACCUCAUCCUUACCGGCCAAUGAUUUGGAUGUCAUACAAGACAUGAUCGAUUGUUCGGCCAAUCGUUUAGAGGGUUUGCGCACACAAUGUGUGACAAGUACCACGCUGACGCAACGCGAAAUACGCAGUUUGGAAACCAAGCUGUUGCGCAUGUUCUCGGAACUAUUACUAACCAAGGGUAAACUAAAUGAACGUAUACCGGCCAGUGGUUUGCCUCAUACUUCGGGCAAUGAACUGAGGCAAUGGCUAAGGGUAGUGGGAUUAAGUCAAGAUUCUCUAAAUGUCUGUCUGACCCGCCUGUCGACCUUGGAGCAGAUCUUGGAAUUGAGUGAGAAAGAAUUGAAAGAACUCAUACAAAAUAAUCCCACUUACAGGGAGGAAGAAGUUAGACGUCUGACCAAGGCCAUGCAAAAUUUACGUAAAUGUAAAGAUAUUCUAACAAAACCCCAUGAUGUUUUGGCGCCAGCAGAGAGUGAUAAAAACUCAGCCAGCAUUACUUCAACAACUGGUAGUCAGUCAUUAGUGGUUAACAAAGAAUCUAAAGAGCAAUUAAUUGAACAAUUGUUUUGGGAUUCGUGGGAUAGACAUCAUCGUGGCAGUGUGGGUAAUAUCGGAGUAACAGCUUCACCCAGAUCUCAUCGUAAUUUAAUGAAACAAGCUAAACCGCAACAACAACAACACUCCAAUAGACAAUCUCCCUCGAAUGACAACCAAAGUUGUAAGUCAUCCUCCACCACGGUGAAUAAUUCCGGUGAGGAUAACUCGAUAUCCGCUUUGACAUUGACUCUGACACCCUCACCGCCACACUCACCCUUCACGCCCACCUCAACAUCCACCAGUUUCAGUAAUAUGGGCGGUGGUAGCUUGAAUGGCACACCACAAAAGGGCAAAAUCGCUGGUACCCCACCACCAAUGAAAAAACAUGCCACCGCUCUGCAAAAUACACAACCUAUAACACCUACCCACAGCAGCGGAGGUGGUUAUCCACACCAUCAGCAAGAUCACAUACCCAUACCAUUGUCAAAAUCCAAAUCAAAUGAAUCACAUUCACAAGAUUCACCCUCUUUAAUGGCAAAUAAUGCUUAUAAAACUUCCUCUGGUGGCGGUGGUGGUAGUAUUUCCCGAUCUCGGCUCAACACUGAUCCUAGUCCCGAUAGUCAUUCGUCUGCCAGUUCGGAUAUUUUAAUGGAAACUUCCAACAAUAGCAGUAACAACAAUAGUCUACAGGUGCCCCUGUCUCCCCUGACGCCCAUAGUAAAUCUGAGCAUGAGCCAUAAUAUAGCUCAUCGCUUUACCACGCUAGUUAAAAUGGCGACUUGUGAUCUCUGUCAAAAGCCCAUGUUUAUUGGGCGCAAGUGCAAGGAAUGUAAAUAUCGUUGUCACAAAGUCUGUGAGCCCGAUGUACCCAAUUCGUGCUGUUUACCACCAGAAUUUAUCGAUGAAUUCAAGCAGGCCAUCAAAGAUGCUGGCUAUCAUUCUCAAAUGACACACACACCUCCCACACUGAACAAUCAGUCACCUAAUCAGGGCCAUGGCACGCUGGGUAAGGGUCGUAAGGGCCUACCUACCAGCAGGCAUCAGAAACAUGGCUCGACCGCCAGCUCUAAUAUCGGAGUGCAUGUCGAUAGCAGUUCGCCCGGCUCUAGUUGCAACAGUUCUAGUCCUUCAAGUCCGGCCCUAUUCAAUUUGCAACAUCAUCAUUCUUCUGGCGAUAUGCAGGGUGCCACUAUUAUGAGCUCGUCGGCCGGCGGUUCAAGCACCAGCUCCAACAUGUUGUCCACCCCUUCGUCGCAUAAGAAUGCAAGUCAAUUUAAUUUUCCCGAUGUCACCAUUACCUCGAAUUGCAACAAUCCUUCAGGUGCUACCACAGAAACCAUAUUGUCGGCCCAAAAUGCUAACAACACACCACCAAAUCAUGAGUUUUCUGAAGCCCAUAAGUCGCGCAAUAACAGUCAUGAAGCUUUAAUAUCUUCUUCAAACAAUGCAAAUACUCAUCAUCAUCAACAUCAUCAGCAUCACCAUCAAAAUAUCAACACUACCAAUAAUAGUAUUAAUGUUAUUAACUCCAACAAUUUCACCAACUCCACAUCGUCUACCCUCACAAACCACUCAACAAAUAGUAUUGUAAAUGCUGGGCCGGCCACGUUUUUCCAAAGGAAACUCAGUUCAGCCGGUGUUGAUAAGAGGGACAAUUUUGCCGAACUCUCCGAUACUCAUAAAUCGAACGACAGUGACAAAACGGUGUCUCUUUCGGGCAGCACAUCGGCCUCCACAGAUUCGGAUAGGACACCGGUGCGUUUGGACUCCACAGAAGACGGUGAUUCUGGCAAUUGGCCUAGACAGAAUUCUUUGUCACUCAAAGAAUGGGAUAUUCCUUAUGGUGAUUUGCAAAUGUUGGAGAAGAUAGGCCAAGGAAGAUUUGGCACAGUACAUCGAGCUCUGUGGCAUGGCUCGGUGGCUGUUAAAUUACUCAAAGAAGACUAUCUGGACGAUGAGCACAUGUUGGAGGCCUUUAAGCUGGAGGUGGCCAACUUCAAGAAAACACGUCAUGAGAAUUUGGUUCUAUUUAUGGGUGCUUGCAUGAAUCCCCCCUAUCUGGCCAUAGUCACUUCCCUGUGCAAGGGCAACACCCUCUAUACUCACAUUCACAGCAGGCGUGAGAAAUUCGUCAUCAACAAGACUACAUUAAUAGCUCAACAGAUUACUCAGGGCAUGGGUUAUUUGCAUGCUCGCGGUAUUAUACACAAAGAUUUGAGGACAAAGAAUAUAUUCCUCGAGAAUGGCAAAGUAAUUAUAACCGAUUUUGGUUUAUUUAGUUCCACGAAAUUGCUCUACUGUGAUAGAGGGUUGGGUGUACCCACUGGUUGGCUAUGCUAUCUGGCUCCCGAGUUAAUGCGUUGCCUAAUGCCACGCAAACCCUCCGAAGAGAUACUACCAUUUACGGCAGCCUCUGAUGUGUAUUCGUUUGGCACUGUCUGGUACGAACUGUUGUGUGGCGAGUUUCCCUUUAGAGCCCAGCCACCCGAAUCGAUAAUUUGGCAAGUUGGUCGCGGCAUGAAACAAACAUUGGCCAAUUUGCAGACCUCGCGAGAUGUUAAAGACAUAUUAAUGUUGUGCUGGCAUUACACCGUCGAAGACAGACCCGAUUUUCCCAAGUUGUUAACGUUAUUCGAGAAAUUGCCUAAGAAACGCUUGGCUCGAUCGCCCUCACAUCCCAUACAGUUGUCAAGAUCUGCUGAAGCUAUAUUUUAAACAACCGACAUAAUACAUACAUAAAAACAGAAACUUACAACCUAAGAAUGUGAAUUUUUUCCAAAUUAAUGUAAAUAAUACAAUUAAUAAAACACACAAUAUACAACAAUACAAUAUACUACAUACAUAUAGUAAAGAAGAACCCCAAACUCGUAACAAAAGGACUUUUUUCUUAACAAAAAGCAUUCCUUUUUCAAUUUCGAUUUCGCAAAAUAUCCAUAUAAAUUAUUGUAGUUUUUUUUAGCCAGAAAAAAGAGAAUGUUAGAACAAGUACAUACACUGAUUGUAAAUAUUGAGUUGAGAAACAAACAGACAAAAAAAUUAUGAAUUAUUAAACAAAAAUAUUUAAACAAAAAAAUAUAUGCUUUAAGUAAAACACAAAAACAUGUUUAAAUUUAAGUUAAAAGACAAACAGAAAGGAAAAAUUCUUUAAAGAAAAUUCUAAUUACAUUUCAAAUAAUGUAAGCAAAACAAAAAUUAACAAAAUACAUUAAAGUAAAUAAAAAUAUAAAAUAUGACAUUACAAAAUAAUAAAAAAAAUAACAAA